GAGCAUUGGUGCUACACGCGAUAUAUCCUAACGUUUCACCCUAACUACAGCGGCCAUACUACAUGAUCGCUGUGAGAACCAGAAAGGUUUGACGUGGAAAGGAGGCGAGCAAACGGGCGUUUCACAGCCGUAGAGUUACCAUAGCGAUACGAUGGAGGUGCUGAGAGUGAAGCUCUUUACCGCGUUCGCACUGUUCGUGGUGGCGAUCACGUGUGGCCUGCUUCCCAUUAAGGUGAUGGAGAUGGUGGGACCCAACAGUGCGCAGCGUAUUGUCUGCUUCUUGAACUGCCUGGCUGGAGGCAUUUUCCUUGGCACCAGCCUGCUACACAUGCUGCCCGAGGUACGUGAGGCGAUGGAGCUGGCAAAGCCACAGCACGUGCACGUUGCCAGCGAGUACCCACUAACAGAGUUUGUUGUCGCGAUGGGCAUCUUCAUGGUGUUCACCGUUGAGGAGGUGAUCCUAGCCAUACACGGCCGGUACCACCACGGCCACAGCCACGGCUACGCGCACGCCGCGCAUCUCAAGCAACCGACGGAGACCACCCGUCUACUCGACAGUGGCGCCGUCGCCGGCACGGUCGCUGUAGCGACGCAGACGCAGAGCAGCUGCGAGGAAGAGGACGUGCCGUGCACGCGGUGCGUUGACGACCCUGCCGCGUUUGCCGGCGACGCCUACAGCGCAGUCGUCGACGUGCUGCCGGCGAAGCUGGAAGGCGCCACCGCAGCCGUGCCCGCCGACGAACUGUGUGAGACGCACGCGCGCGAUAAGAUCCGCGUGCUCACGCUGCUGCUGUCGCUGUCGCUGCACACCGUCUUCGAGGGGCUCGCGCUCGGCCUAACGGAGACGACGACAGCGAUCCUCGCUCUCUUCUCCGGCAUCGUCAUCCACAAGUCCGUGAUCGCGUUCAGCCUCGGCGUGCAGUUUAUGGCGACGCGCUACGCGCCGCGCGAAGUCGUCGGCUUUAUGCUCACGUUCUCCGGGAUGACACUCCUCGGUGCCGUCAUCGGCAUCAUGCUGACAGAAGCGGGAAAUACCGUCGACGCGAUGUCGAUUGCCGUCCUGCAGGGUCUCGCGGCCGGCACGUUCAUCUACGUGACCUUCUUCGAGGUGAUCGGCAAGGAGAUGACGAACCAGUACCCGGGACUGCUGAAGCUGUUCAUGAUGGUCCUCGGGUUCGGGCUGAUCGCGAUCCUCUCGCUGUUUGACUGGUAUCAGUAGUUGUGUAGGUAGGCUUCCCACUCAACUGCCUGCCUGUCGCUGUUUGACUGGUACCAGCAGUGAUGUAGGUAGGCUUCCCACUCGACUGCCUGCCUCUCGCUGUUUGACUGGUACCAGCAGUGAUGUAGGUAGGCUUCCCACUCGACUGCCUGCCUCUCGCUGUUUGACUGGUACCAGCAGUGAUGUAGAUAGGCUUCCCACUCGACUGCCUGCCUCUCGCUGUUCGACUGGUACCAGCAGUGAUGUCGGUAGGCUUCCUACUGGACUGCCUGCCAUUUGUCGUGUCAACCGAGAGAAGACUGGCGAUGCUCAAUUUUUAUCGUACGGGUCGGGACAAGGGGGCAUUGGCUAUCGGUUUCAGGUGCGCACAGCACUGGCAAGAUAUUAGAGACAUGCACAAAUGUUUCGAGAUUAAUUUAUGAAGGAGUUUGGGAGAGCUGGCAGUUCACUGACAUUGGAUUUAUUCUAAGGUGUAUUACCGUUAUUAUAAGCGGUGUGCUUGUGAAAUUAUCCAUAUACUUAGCAAUUGUCUGCAAUGGAUUGAAAGAGCGAUGGCGAUGGUUUUAUUGUGUACAAGCAUAGAUAUAUACAAACACAUGAUACAAGGUAUAUAUUAAGGUUGAGAUGUUUUUGGAGGAAAUAUUUUAAUUCGUGCAGUGUGCUAUGCAAAUUUUUGAAAUUUGGAAGGGCAGAUAGGCCAUUUCCAUGCAUUCUGGGGGAAAUUGUAAGUCCAUUCCGCUCUUAGUAAAAGACCAAUUUCGUGACUAACGAUUCAAAGUCUUGUCAUUUUCUAUGAAAAUUUCAAUGUUUUAUGUGGCGGUUAACUUAAAGCAUGCCCUAAUUUACAUUACAUAGAUACACCGCAAUAUUUAUCUGGAGUUCUGUUACUUCUGUGUGAAAUUUGAUGUACCUUUCCUGACUUUUUAUGAAGUUUAAAUUAAAAAUGGCAUCCAUUUGACAAAAAAAGUAUGCAUUACCCCCCUAAGCUUUUUAUUAUUUUUUUUGCAUCAAUCUCAAGAAUGACUAAAAUGAAAACCAAAACCCGGAUUCGCGGGAAAUUCUCGUGCCUGAAGAUAAAAUAUUUAUAUACAUGUUUGUUUAUUAUGUAGAGGUACAUAUCAUUGUUGAAAGCAAGGCAAAAGUUCAUAAUUUAUUUGCAUUUAUAGAGAAUUAGGAAUAAGGAAUAUAUUUUUGUGACUGGUUGGACUACUUGCCACAUGUAUAGCUUCUUUAAGAUUAUUACGUCUUUUGUAAGGUGCCAAGAAAAUUAUAGUGCAGAUAAUCAUUGUUUCUAUUUUCACGAGUUUAUAAUAAUGAAUAAAUAGUUAUCAGAUGAAUUAGAUUUGAAACCUUAAA